AUGGCCAUUCUUGUCUACACCUCUGGGGACGUGGGGGCAGGAUCAGCAGCGGUGCUGGCGCCUCGUGUGGUGCUUGGAGGGGCUCGCUUGGGGGAAGUGCAGUCAGCAAGCCCAGAGGAGUGCGCAGAGCGAUGCAGGGAGGACGCAGAGUGCAGCUGGUUCAACGCCUGUGGCGCCCCGCAGGGCUGCGACGUGGGAGAGGGGCCGCCACUGGGCUUCCAGCAGUGCAGCCUGCUGGCUGCCAACGACAGCGUGGUGCCAGUGGUCCUGAGCAAGGGCGACGACUGCGCAUUCAGGUAA